UGACUGCUGCGUGUCCACAUCCCAUCCCGCCCCCCCAGUGCUGCUGUGCCAUGGCAGCCCCCAGGCAGAGCGGGCUCUUCCCUCCCCACCCGCACCACAUCCCCGGCUACGAGGGCUUCGUCCCUCAGUACAACUACCAGUUUGGAGAGACCUAUGGCAAAACCACGUACCGCCUGCUGACGGACCCGCACGUUCGGAGGAGCCCUCGCUCCGUGCUGGCGCCGCUGUGCAAGCAGAGGUUCAUUGAGGACUUCAGCGGGACGCAGCACGGCCUGCAGCCCUUCCUCCCCGCGCAGCCAGGGUACUUCCCCUACGACAGAGCCAAAGCUCUGACCAACUUCCCAGAAGCGGAGUUUGGGCCGAAGCCACCUGCACCGGGGCCGGCAGAGGAGGAGCUGGCACACACGGACCCCUGCUAUGGCCACGGCGGCUCUGGGCUGAGCAGGUGCCCACCGAGCCCGGCCUGGGACCCCGUGGGGCGACCAGAGGGACAGGAGUGGCAGCUGCCUCCCAUCCCUGCAGCCUGCGGGCAGGACAGGCAGCGUGGGGCCGGCACGGCUGCAGGAACCGGGCAGGCCGUGAGGGCUGAAGGUGUGACCCCGCCAGCAGCUGCAGAUUACCGGCUCCCCAGGCUGGAUGUGCCCGGAGUGAUCCAGCAGAAGGUCAUCCCAGGCUACACUGGAUACAUACCGCGCUUCACCUGGGUCCUGGGUGCUAACUACCUGCGGGGCGUGAAGGAAGCCAUGGCUGACUUUGACAGGCAGCAGUUUCUGGAGAGAAACCCCGUUCACAGCUUUGGCAAGAGAUUUCCCCAGACCUACUGGCCUGACAACAGCAUCUACACCAGUGCUGGACUGAUACCAGCCUACACAGGCUUCGUCCCACACCUCCGCCACACCUACGCGCUUACUUUUGGGAACAGCACCCGCAAGGCUUACCAGCUGGAACAAAGGAGACGAGCCUGUGCACUGUGAAAAAUGCUUUAAUGGUGCCUGUACAGCAUUUGAAGUGACUCAAAGACAGGAGGAGGAACACAACACAAAGACAGAGAAGUUUCGAAUGAAAGAGUUCAUACAGCUUUAAACAAAAUUUACAGGUGCCCAUCUGCAUAGCUCUUACUCUGCUUCCUCCUCAGCCUCUUCCUCAAACUCC